AUGCAGUUCUCAUUCACCGCCGCGGCUCUUGCCACUCUCAUCGGCUCCUGUGCCGCCCACACCAUGGUCAUUGACGUCUGGGUCAACGGCGCGGACCAGGGCGAUGGCCGUUCCACCGGCACCGGUACCACCAAGUACAUCCGUUCCCCCGAUAACAACAACCCCGUCAAGGACAUCACCAGCGACGCUAUCGUCUGCAACCUCAACGGUGGCAAGGCCCAGACUGGCUUCGUCAAGGCCGCUGCUGGUGACGACGUCACCUUCGAGUGGUACCACAACACCCGUUCUGACGACAUCAUCGACCUCUCCCACAAGGGUCCCAUCAGCACCUACAUCGCUCCCUACACUGAGGGCAGCGGUGCUGAGGCCAUCUGGACCAAGAUCCAGGAGUCCACCUACGAGAACGGCAAGUGGGCUGUUGAGACUCUUGUUGCCAACAAGGGUAUCUCUCCCAAGGUCACCAUUCCUUCUACCCUGAAGGCUGGCAAGUACCUCAUCCGCCAGGAGAUCAUUGCCCACCACGAGUCCGACACCACCUACGAUGUCAACCCUGCCCGUGGUGCUCAGUUCUACCCCUCCUGCGCCCAGUUCGAGAUCACUGGUACCGGCUCCGACGUUCCCCCCCAGAACUUCGACUUCACCACCGGCUACAAGUACACCGACGCCGGCAUCCACUUCGGCCUCUACAGCGCCGAUGCCUCCACCUACAAGGCUCCCGGCCCUGAGGUCUGGACCGGUGGCUCCGGCUCCGGCUCCUCCCCCGCCUCCUCCGCUGCUGCUCCCGCUGCUUCU